AUGCACGCCACCGAAGAAGUGAAGUCCAGUUGGGCGGACGAGGUUGAACAAGAAGGAGUCCUACCUAGUCCCACUGAAGUCUUUGAAAACGGCCUGAAGGUCGUGACAGAAUACAAGUGGGACGGCGAUAAAAAAUUCAAAGUAGUCCGAACGUACAAGAUCGAAAAAUGUCUGGUACCGAAAUCGAUCGCGUUAAGAAAACUUUGGAAAAAAUUCGGAGAGUGUGCCGGUGACAAACGCGGUCCCAAUCCGGCCACCACAAUUAUCGGAGAAGAUGUUUAUGUGCAAUUCGUCUCCAGUAAAGAAGAGGACAACAAGCCCGAAGAUGACGCCCUCGACAAAUUAAAAAUAUCUGGGGUUAAAAAUGCUUUUAAGUGUCGUACCUGCGGUGGUGACCAUUGGACCACCAAGUGUCCGUGGAAAGACACCAUGUAUGCGGGUGGUAAAAUCCCUGAUGAUAAAAAACCAGCACCUGUAGCGGAACCGACCAAACCAACUACAUCCAAGUACAUCCCUCCGAGUCUCAGAGACGGCGACAAAAAAUCGGAGGGUUUUAACAUGGGCAGAAGGGACGACAAUUAUUGCGCCAUACGGAUUUCGAACAUUAGCGAUUCGACCACUGAAACUGACUUGGAGGAGUUGGUGAAACCGUUUGGACCCAUUCAUAAAAUUUAUUUGGCCAAAGAUAAGCAAACGGGGAAUUGUAAGGGAUUUGCUUUUAUUCAUUUCAAGUUUAAAAGCGAUGCUGCGAAGGCCAUCAUGAGAUUGAACGGACACGGUUAUGACCAUUUGAUUUUGUCUGUUGAUUGGUCUAAGCCUAUAAACAGUAAUUAG